AUGAAGCUCUCCGUCAUCAUCCCAUUCUUCCUCUGCCUCUUUGAUGUGGUCUCUGCCGAAAUGGCAAUGCCCGUCGAAGCAGCAAGAAGUGGUCGCGGUAGAGGCGACAAAGGGGACAAGUGCGGCAAGAAAGGGUGCAAAGGCAAGGGAGACAAAGAGCCCGUCCAAGGCGGAUCGGCGGCUCUGCAAACACGCAUUGGAGAUCUCCAGCAAAAAGUCGCCAACGCUAACGACAGCGUCGUACCAUUCAAGGGUGGUAGCCUCAAGGGUCUUGUGGGGCUGCUGAAGGUUAAUGAGGCUGUUGUCGAGCUUGGUAGAACCAUCGAUCUCGGAACCAAGACCGCAGAGAACACCGACGUAUUGCCGGCAAAUGAGUCCACCACUAUUGGCACGCGUUUCUUGGCCCUUCAACCGGACAUCAACAACCUCCUGACCACUCUUGAGGGGAAGCGUCCUCAGUUUGACAAAGCUGGCUUCAAGAUCCUUGAUGUCAGAAGCCUCAUCCGCGACGACUUGAAGAUUCAGUCAGAUAAAGCCACCGACCUCGGCGGUGCCUUGACUAAGAUCUUGGACCGUAGCCUCCAACCUAUUGCACAGGGGGUCAUUGACCAGAUUCAAGGCAACUUUACCGGGGCUAUAGAUGAAUACAAGGGUCGCGGAGGCAAGAUCAAGAUCCCAGCCAAAGCCGUUCCCGCGUUGUCGGACCUACUUGCGGGCGUUGCUAGGGCUCUCGGCAUCGGCGAUAGGGACAGGUCGGUGAUGAUGGUGGCCGGCUUGGAAGCUGAAGCUCUCCCUUUCCCGGCAACCAACUUCCCCAACGCCGACGCUGCAGCUGUGGACAUCAACACCUUAGACACUGCCCAGGCCAACAAGGAAAUCGAAACAUUUCAAGCUAGCGUCUCGGAGGAGUCGCUCUCGCGCCUCGGUGACGACGAGAACGACCUCCGUGGUAUCCCGCCGCUGGUACUGGCAGUCUUGCGCCGCUACGAGGUUAUCUGA